AUGGACGACCUGUUCAGUCCGCGGAGGAGUCUGAACAGCACACAAGGCGAGAUAAGAGUGGGGCCUAGUCAUCAGGCUAAACUUCCAGAGUUACAGCCGAGGUCUCAGCCUUGUUUACAGCCACAGACUGAGAAUGAGGAACUCAUGUGGGCUCCAGGGGUCAACGACUGCGACCUGCUCAUGUAUCUGCGAGCAGCUAGGAGCAUGGCAGCAUUUGCAGGCAUGUGUGAUGGUGGGUCGACUGAGGAUGGAUGUUUAGCAGCUUCUCGUGAUGAUACCACACUUAAUGCACUUAACAUGCUCCAUGCAAGCCAUUAUGAUGCUGCAAAGGCUCUCCAGCGUCUUGUUAAAAAGCCACUACCAAAACUUAUUGAAAAAUGCUGGUCAGAAGACGAUGUGAAACGUUUCAUUAAAGGCCUCAGGCAAUAUGGGAAAAAUUUCUUCCGCAUUCGGAAAGAUUUUCUACCUUGCAAGAAAACGGGUGAGCUGAUAACUUUUUACUACCACUGGAAAAAGACUCCUGAAGCGGCAGGAACGAGAGCCUAUCGACAGCAGCGACGCCAGCCGUCAGCACGUAAAGCCAAGACACGCUCUGCUGCAGCCUCUUCAAAUGCACCAUCACAAAACUAUUCAAAUGAAGUAAGUUCAGCCAGCGAGGAUGACAUUGAUAGUGAGGACAGUGAGCAAGAUGUUAAGAGCUGCAGCCAUUGUGGUACAACAAACUCUAAAGACUGGCACCAGGGAGGAAAGAACAACCCAGUGUUGUGCACACGUUGUCGAACAUAUGAAAAUAAACAUGGCUGCCUUCCACCAACUCAAAAGUCAGGCGGCUCCCUGUACAUGUUCAAACCUGCAAAGGAGGAAGAAGAAGUGAACAGCAAGCACGGCAUGAGGACACGGCGGAGCAGAGCACCUCAGCUGUCAUCUUUACGAAGUGGCCACAGGAGAAUCACUGGUUCCCCCAAUAAUGAUGAUCGUAACAGUCAUUCUGGAUGUGCUACAAGAGCAUCUGCAGCGGACAAUAAAAAUGAAUCCACAAAGCGGGCAAACAAGAAAAUAAAGGAGGAGGUUGUGUCACCAAAGUCAACUAAAAGAGUUAGAGAAAGCCCAGCAGUUGAACCUGAUGAGUCAGAGAAAACUACAGCUAAACGGCCAAAGACUCAGGAUCCUCAGGGCUCCCGGUCUGAGGGAGAGAUCGAAGAGGAAAGCUCAUCAGAAAGCCGCAGUGCUCAAGAUGAUGGCAGUAGUGACACCAAAGAUAUUGAUCAGGACAACCGCAGCUCUUCUCCUAGCAUUUCCAGCCCGCAACAGGGCAACGAGAGCGACUCUGACUCUUCCGCCCAGCCCAAUGGCACUCAGUCAGAGCCAGCUGCCACCUCUUUGGCGGGUGAUGCAUCAGCUUCACACCCUGUCCCAUUUCAAGGUCCUGCUGUCAUUCCUCCUCCUCCUCAGAGGACUCCUUCUGCUGGCUCUGCACAAAGCCCUCCACCUCCAGCCACUGAGUCAAGUCAGAAAACUGCGGUCUCCAACAGCCAUCCACAGCCUUCUUCGUCUGCGGCUGGUCUUCCGGAGCAGGAUGCUCCUCACUCUCCCCCAUUCCAGGUUUUAUCUUCAGCAAACAGUGGGAGCCCACCACCCAUGCCUCCACAACCAAUACAGAGAACACCAAUCUACUACAGAGAGCCUCAGCUUCCAGUGAGUCCUGUACCAGGAACACAGAUCAAACCCCCUCCCACAACCCCGAUCCCUCCUUCACACAAACAGAUGCCACAUACGACUGCUGCACCAUACCCACAGAUGCCUGCCAACCUGCCUCCUCCUCCUGCCCUGAAGCCUCUGAGCUCUCUGCCUAACCAGCACCCACCUGGAGCAGCCCCUCCUCCACUGCAGAUGAUGCCACAGCCUGUGCCUACCCAGAUGCCAGUCAUCUCUCAGGUGCAGAACCUUUCUGUCAAAGGCAUGAGCACUCCUCAUCUACCUGCAGCAGCCAGCACCAUCACAUCUACAUCUGCCAUCAGUCCUAUUCAAAGCCUUCAGUCAUCGCUUCCUCCUCUGCGACCCUCAAGUACCACCAGCAUACAGGUUCAGGUGAAGGAGGAACCACUGGAUGAGAUGGAGGAGCCAGAGAGCCCGCCCCCUCCCCCCAGGAGUCCCUCUCCAGAGCCUACUGUGGUUAACAUGGCCAGCCACGCCAGUCAGUCGGCUCGAUUUAUUAAACAUUUGGAUCGUGGUUACAACUCCUGUGCAAGAACAGACUUUUUCUUCACUCCGCUGUCAUCCUCAAAGCUGGCAAAGAAGAGAGAGGAGGCGGCAGAUAGGUCCAGGAGAGAGGCAGAGCUUUGUGCUCGACAAGAACGUGAGCGAGAAAAGGAUCGAGAGAAGGAGAGGGAAAGGGAGGGAGACAGGUGCACGAAAUCCAGUUCAUCUCAUGACAGCCGAAUAAGUGAAGCUCAGAUGGCAGUCCAUGGACGGCCUUCUUUUGAGCAGCCACCCACGACUGUAGCUGCGGUACCUCCAUACAUUGGCCCUGAUACUCCCGCUCUACGCACACUCAGUGAAUACGCUCGGCCUCAUGUUAUGUCACCCACCAACCGAAACCAUCCUUUCUAUGUGUCACUGAGCCCGGGGGACCCCUUGUUCGCCUACCACAUGUCUGGCCUGUACAGCACUGACCCCAACCUCCGAGAGCGUGAGCUCAGAAACUUGAGAGAGAGAGAGUUGCGGGAGAGGAUGAAGCCUGGAUAUGAGGUAAAGGCUCCAGAGAUGGAGACAAUGCAUCCGUCUGCUAAUCCCAUGGAACACUUUGUCAGACAUGGGGCACUGGCUCUUCCCCAUAUUCCUGGGCCUCCUCAUCCCUUUGCACCCUUCCAUCCUGGGCUUCUGGAGCGUGAGAGGAUGGCACUAGCAGGACCACAGCUGCGACCAGAGCUGAGUUAUGCUGAGCGCCUUACUGCAGAGCGCCUUCAUGCUGAGAGAAUGGCCUCUGUGGCAACUGACCCUGCUGCCAGACUUCAGAUGCUCAAUGUGACGCCGCAUCACCAUCAGCACUCGCACAUUCACUCGCACCUUCAUCUGCAUCAGCAGGAUCCCCUCGGUCAAGGUUCAAGUCCCCAUCCUCUUGUGGAUCCUAUGGCCCCAGGGCCACGUCUGGCAAGAUUUCCUUUCCCUGGAGGCCCAAUUCCAAACCCUCUGCUCAGCGACCUGCCUCACGAGCAUGAGAUGCUGAGGCACCCUUUGUUUGGCCCUGCAUAUCCAAGAGAGCUACAAGGUCCAAUCCCUCAGAUGUCUGCUGCACACCAGCUCCAGGCGAUGCAUGCCCAGUCUGCAGAGCUGCAGAGAAUGGCUAUGGAGCAGCAGUGGUUACAUGGGCAUCACCUUCAUGGUGGGCCUAUUCCCAGUCAGGAAGAUUAUUACAGUCGUCUGAAGAAAGAAGGUGACAAGCCAUCGUAA